UUUUUAGUCCAAACAACUCAGUCUACAGUCCACGCAACUCAUUCUACAGACAGUGAUAAGAAAGGUACUGCCAUUAUUGCAGCUGUCCUCUCUACAAUAGUUGCAAUUGUUCUGAUUGGCUUGAUAGUUUUCUAUUGUCGUCGUCGCCCUUUACCUCCAACGUUAGAUCCGGAAUUUGAGUACGACGCGUUCAUUAUAUUCAGUUCCGAGGACUCACAGUGGGUGAUAAACACCUUAAUUCCAACCUUGGAGGAAAACCAUGGAAUGAAGUGUUGUGUGCACUACCGAGACUUUACCCCCGGAGUAACUUUUAGGAAAAAUAUGGUGGAUAGCGUUUACAAGUGCAAGAAAACCAUCGCCGUUGUGUCCACUCACUUUUUCAACAGUAAGUAUUGUGGGUCAGAACUGGAUUACGCCCUUCAUCGACUUAUGGAAAAGAGAGAUGAUAGUUUAGUUGUCAUCAAGAUCGAUGAUGUUGACAGAAGGAAGCUUCCUAAGGAACUUCAAAAACGGAGUUACAUCGACUACGCAAAGUCAGUUGAAAAGGAAAGCUGGGAAAAGAAGCUGGUUGAUUGUUUAAGUUACAAAUAGGUUUAAUAUAAUAUUAAGUUUAACUGCAAUAACUUUGCAAAAGUGCACAUACACGCUUUUCAUUGUUUUCGUAUCAUGCCUUAUCUAAUCAAAA